AUGGCGGCAGCAACACGCAUCCCUUCUACUGCCCCAACUAGGUUGAGACAGAUUGCUCUCAUUGCAAAAGACCUUGAUCGGGCUCGAGAUCUGUUGACAAGGGUUCUCGACACGGAAAUUGUAUUCGUGGACCCUCAAGUGGCGCGAUGGGGUAUUAAGAACUUUCUCGUGGCCGUUGGCGGCGACAUUAUUGAAGUGUGCUCUCCUUUCCAACCCAACACGACGGUGGGCAGACUGCUCGAGAAACGUGGCGAUGGCGGGUACAUGAUCAUCAUGCAGACAUUGGAUGCUGCAUCGAGAAAGAAAUACAUCGAGUCGAAGAACCUGGCUAAGGUCAUCUUCGACCACCCACAUGACGACGUAGAGUGUAUCCAGUAUCAUCCGAAGGGGAUUGCCGGGGGGAUGAUGCCAGAAUUAGAUUCUCACGCCCCUUCGGCCACGAAUCCGACUCCCCUGGAGAGCCCGUUCAGUCCCUGGCACGCCUGCGGAUCGGACUACGCAAGGUAUUCUGCUGGGAUGAAGCGUUGCGCACACCUGAAGCUGGUCAGGGCAACACUCCGCCUAGCACCGGGGCAAACAGACGUCCAGGCCGCCGCUCAGCAGUGGCAGGACUAUUUCGGGGUGGGGAAACAAGGGAGCGAGCUGGUCUUUACAAACGCCCGCUUAAACUUCGUGCCGGGGGUGGACGGGAUGCCUGAAGGAUUGGAGAGCAUCACGAUUGAGGUCCAGGGCAGGGAGAGGCUCGACAAGAUGUUGGACGUGGUAAGCAAGGAGGGUCUUUGCGGAGAUGGAUGGACGAAUCUGCUAGGCGUCAAAUGGUACUUUGUGCUCAAGGGUGAGGGAAAGGAGAGUAAACUGUGA